AUGGGGCAGGUUUUGGGGGGCUCUGUGUGCUGGCAGUCCCUGUCCUGCUCUCUCCCUGCAGACGCCCCGGUGUCAAGGCCAACCCAGCUCAUCCGAGGGGAGCUCCACGGCUCUGUCACAGUCCUGUGCCCCUCUGGGGACACCCAGAGGGACCAGAAGAGGUUCUGGUGCAAAGUGGGCAGGAGCAGCUGCUCUCUCGUGGCCAGCUCUGACGGCUACGUGGGCAGGAGGCACCAAGGACGGGUGGUGAUCACCCCCCAGGACAGUUCUGGAGCUUUCAAAGUCCUGAUGAACGACCUGAAGAGGGAAGAUUCGGGGCUGUAUCUGUGUGGGACACAAGGACAGAGGGGCCAGGACAGCCCACAGGAGGUGGUCCUGCAGGUGGACACAGCCUCCGCCCUUCCCAGGAGACCCAAAUUCCUCAGCGGCACCGUCGGGGGCUCGCUGUCCUUCCAGUGCCACCACGACCCGCGGGGCACCUACGAGAGGCAGUACCUGUGCAGGUGGCAGGGAGGGAGCUGCCAGGUGCUGCUGGAGCCCCGGGGCUUCGUGCUGGAGCCCUACCGGGGGCGGCUGCGGGUGUCGGGCAGGGACCCCGAGCGCGGGAGCUACACGGUGCUGCUGGGGCAGCUGAGGGAGGAGGACGAAGGCUGGUACUGGUGUGGGGCCACCCGCGGCCACGCCGAGCUCACGUCCCCCCUGAAGCUGCUCAUCCACAAGGGAACAACCACUCCCGUGAGAGCCACGGCGCCAGGUCCUGCUGCCAACAGCACAGCCAGGCAUGGGGGCAUGGCAGACGUGAUGGGCACUGUCCCGAAGGACACCACCAUGGGCACUGUCCCCAAGGACACUGCCAUGGGCACUGUCCCCAAGCACACCACCACGGGCACUGUCACCCACAGCAGCAGCUCCCUGCUGCCCACUGCCACCUCUGCCACCUCUGCCACCUCCGCCACCUCCCCAGGUGAAACCUUUCAGGAGAGCUCCUCGGGUGAGCCACGGCUGCUCCCAGUUGUGUUACCAGCUCUGCUUUUGCUGAUUUGCAUCACCGCCACCCUCCUCGCCCUGGCCAAAAUCAAGCUUCGAAAGCAGACAGGAGAAGGAAGGAGCACCACGGGGAACCUGGAGCCAGCUUUGGGUCCUGGAAGGGAGGAAAGGCUGGAGGAGAACCCGAGCCCAGGAGAGGAGCAGGAGUUCAGGAUGGGCCCUGGCAAAUGUAGGACAAUCCCUGGAAUCCUUGGAAAUAUCAGGAUGAGCAGCUUCUAUUUACCCUACGGGGAAAAAUUACUGCUCAAGGUGCCUGAUGAAGACUUGAGCCAGAACCUUCUGUGAAAGCCCCUGGGUACCUGAGCUGGGAAUUUCCUCUGGGGAAAGCCCCCAACACCUCCCAUUGCUCCCCUCACAACCCAAAUCCCCUUUCCUGAGAGCUGAACCCCCACACUGCCCAAACUGCUCCGUGUUUUGCAGAAAAGAGAAUAAAACAAGGCACCUGA